GUUGAGGAGAGUAUCUCUCAACUCAACGACGAUCGUAGGCAUUUGGUAAGAGCAGAAGUAAGUAGCAUACUCAGGCGUGCUAAACCUCCUCCCAAUAACAUUCAAAAGGAUGUUUUCAAUGCGCUUAUAGCUCUCAAAAAGGAUCCGGACAGGCUCGAAUUAUCUGCUGACAAGGGUAAUUGUGUUGUGGUUAUGGACAAACAGCAAUAUCACGACAAAGCUUUGUCUCUGCUUAGUGACAAGAGUACGUAUGCUGUCUUAAACUCUGAUCCUACCAGUAAAACUAAAAGAAAGUUAAACAAAAUGUUGCUUGAUUUGAAAAAAGCUGGUAAAAUUAGUGACUCUACGUAUAAAAUGUUAUACAGUAGUGACGGCUUAUGCCCACGUUUUUAUGGCUUACCUAAAAUUCAUAAACUGGGAAUUCCUUUGAGACCCAUAGCCUCUUUUGUUAAUUCUCCGACUUAUGCUAUUUCUGGUUAUCUUGCGAGAAUUUUGUCGCCUGUUGUCGGGAAUACUGAUUACACUGUCAAAAAUUCCUGCGAAUUUGCGGAUUUCAUAAGAGAUAAAACUCUUAACGCUUGUGAAGAAUUAGUAUCUUUCGACGUUGUUUCGCUCUUCACUAAAAUCCAAGUUGAUCUUGCCGUUAAGGUUGCGGAGGAGAGACUCAGAGAAGAUGCUUCCCUACAAAGAACUUCUUUGCCUGUGGAGGAUAUUAUUCAUCUGUUGUUUUUUUGCCUCAAAACCACGCAAUUCACAUAUAACGGCACCUACUAUCAACAAGUUUUUGGUACAGCGAUGGGUUCGCCCGUCUCUGCUGUCAUUGCCAACAUGGUAAUGGAAGACGUGGAACAAAGGGCCUUAGCCACUUCACCAGUUAAACCCUUUUUCUGGAAACGAUAUGUCGAUGAUGUUAUUUCUGCGAUAUCCGGAAAUGAAGCGGAGCGCCUCUUGUCGCACUUGAAUUCAGUAGAGCCGUCGAUCCAAUUCACCCUUGAGCGUGAAAAGGAUAAA